AACCGAUAGCAUCUCACACAAGCAGAAGAAUGCCUUCCACCGACGCAUCUACCACUAGCUGCAAAACCGACGAGGCGUGGAUCAAUGAAGUAAGGAAUGAUGUAAAUUUAGCACAACCUAUGGACUAUCCCGAGGGAACAUGCACCAUCUUCAAGGUCCCCGAGCACAUCCGACAGUUGGAUCCUAAAGCCUACGAACCAGUGAUUGCUUUCCUUGGACCGUUUCACCACAACAGCGAUGGGAGUUCCUUCAUGAACUACCACAAGCGGCGAUGUGUCCGGCACCUUCUAUCGCGUCAUCGAAGCCCGGGGCAUGCAAGUCAAUUGUUGAACAAGUGCUUGUUGGAGUUGAAGAAACAGGACAAGAAGGUCCGGAGCUGCUACUCUGAGGAAUUCUCCGCACUGAAUGCCCAAGAUAUGGCAUUGAUCAUGUUGCUUGAUGGGUGCUUCAUCAUUUAUCUCAUGCUAGAAAUGUGUCCUAGGAAGGAAUCGUUGAAUCCAAGAAGGAGACUAGAGUGUGUGAAUGAGACGAGGGAAGGGGAGGUUGUUUUAAAUAUCGACGAGAAGGAUGAACAGCUUGAGGGCCCAACUAUGGCAGGGCUAUUCACUCUUAGUUUAGUGGUUUAUGAUAUGGUGAAGCUUGAGAACCAAAUUCCUUUCUUCGUCAUCCAAUUGGUAUUUGAUCAUCUCAAAGCAUGUGAGGAUGGACAGAUUAAUCUUGUUGACCUUGCUCUCCAGCUUUUCAAGGGCAUCCAUCUCGAGGAAUCCAAAUCAUUCAAGACGAAGUCCCCCGGAGAAUACCAUCAUCUGCUCCAUCUAUUUUAUUCGUCUCGGAUCCCUUCAGAAAAGCCAGCAGAGUCUACAUCUGCACCAGGGGAAGCUGCUCCUUCACAAGGGGCUUCGACAUCUGCACCGACUUCGACAUCUGCAUCAGGAUGUAUUCCUGAACUCAUGAAGGGCCAGUGGAAGAAAUUAGAAGUUGAUCCUUCACGAGGGUCUCCCACAUCUGCACCCAAGUGGAUUCCUAGUGCGACGGAGCUCGACAGGGCUGGGGUGAAGUUCAAGAGGAAGGAACAGGCAGACAGUUUUUUGAACAUAAAAUUCCAGAAAAGGAAGAUGAAGAUCACGCCACUGCUAUGCCUCUGGAAGUUGUGUUUAAUGCUUAGGAGUGGGCGGAUGGAGAUACCACCACUGCAAAUCUAUGACUAUUCCGGUCCUCUCUUCCGAAACCUCACAGCUUUCGAACAGUGCUAUUUCGACACUGAGAUGUACAUUACGAUAUACGCACUCUUUAUGGACUGCAUCGUCGACCAGGCUGAGGACGUGCGGUUGCUCCACUUGAAAGGCAUACUGGAACAUAAGCUAAGCAAUGAUCAAGAAGUGGCGGACCUGUUCAAUCAGUUGGGCAGUCAGAUACACUAUGUUUGGGAAAAGAACUACCUUGCAAAUCAGACCGAGGAAGUAAACAGGUUUUAUGAAGUCAAAUCGCACAAAUGGCUUGCUGCUUUGAGGCGAGACUAUCUUAGCAACCCAUGGGCUACAAUUUCAGUGUUGGCAGCGGCCUUUCUUCUCUUGCUGACUGUCGUGCAGACAGUAUUUUCUGUAUUAUCCUAUGUUCAUGGCCGGCUCAAUCUUUAGACGAAUGAGGCGGUUGCCUAAGGCCCGGCUGAAAGAAUUAAUAAGAAAUCAAAAAUGGAAGGCCCCCUCUGUAUGGAAACAGAAUUAUAUCAGGUUAUGUUGAGCCCAUAGAUGGCUGGCUCACCAUCCAUCCUUG